GUGGUUUGUCAAGCGUUUAAUUUGAAAACUAUACUAAUAAUAAUUUCAAUUACAUUUCAUUAUUGUAUCAAUAUUUUAAAAAAUAUAAUUUGCUUAUAUAUAGGUCGUACAUUGUACUAUUGUUCCUCUCAAAUUUCAUUUCAUUUAAAAACUUUAUAUAAAUAUGAAUGACUCUUCGACUAGUUGUGAACAAAAAACAAAAAAGAAUGAAGAUAAUAAGUUAAAAAGGACUUUAAAUGAGGGGGAUGACUCUGAGAUAUCUGCCAAGAAGGCUUGUAACCACGCUAAUAUCGUCGCUAAUCAUUACAAUCAUCUUGAACAGAAGGGAUUAAGAGAAAGGUUUAAUUCUCCAAUACUUUAUUUAAGAAACUUCAACAAUUGGGUCAAAAGUGUUCUUAUACAAGAAUACUCUGAUAAAGUGCGUGAAAAAAAUUAUUUACGAUCUCUAAGAGUUCUUGAUAUCUGCUGUGGAAAAGGUGGUGAUCUUAGUAAGUGGCAGAAAGCUCGAGCUGACCAUGUUGUAUUUGCAGAUAUUGCAGAGGUCUCUGUACAGCAAUGUAAAGAAAGAUAUGACGAGAUCCAUCGUCGUUUUGGAAGGUUGUUUACAGCUGAGUUUAUAGCUGCAGAUUGUUCUAGAGAAACUUUAAGAGAUAAAUAUAAGGAUCCUUCAAUAAAGUAUGACGUAGUUAGUUGCCAGUUUGGGUUGCAUUAUAGCUUUGAAAGUUUAAAACAAGCACGUAGAAUGCUUUUGAACAUAUCCGAGUGCCUUAAACCUGGUGGUUAUUUCUUUGGGACUAUACCUGACGCAUAUGAAAUUGUCUCUAGGUGUAAGAAAUCUCCAGAUAAUUCAUUUGAAAAUAGAAUCUGUAAUAUCAAAUUAAUGUUUGACUCUGAAAAAGACGGAUUUCCCCUUUUUGGGGCAAAAUAUGAUUUCCAUUUGGAAGGUGUUGUUGAUUGUCCAGAAUUCUUAGUUUAUUUUGAUAUGUUUACCAAGUUAGCUUUAGAGUGUGGCUUGGAAUUGGUGUAUAAGGCUGGAUUUUCAGAUUUUUAUAAAGAGCAUUUAGAAAAAUAUAAGGAUUUAUUGCCAAAAAUAAAGUGUUUUGAAAAUUACCCCAUGCCUCAAGGAAAAGAAUUAAUAGGUGAUGAGUUAGAAUAUGAACAUGCAAAAAAAUACAUUGAAAACAUUUCAGAUGGCACCAAAAAAGAUUACCUAACAAUGAGUCGUAGUGAAUGGGAGGUAGCAACUGUUUACCUGGCAUUUGCGUUUAAAAAAUGCAAAAACACUUGGAAUGCAGAUGGGAAGCCAGUGUACCAAACUUCUUCAAGUAACUGUUCAAUGGCAACAGACUAGAAUAUUUUUACAUAAUAAUGUUUUAUAAAUAAAUGAAUUAUGUUCACUUUUA